CUAGACGAUUGCAUCAUGGUUGUUUGGGCAUCUUUAAAAAGGGACUCUUGUUCUCGUUGUGUGAGCCAAGUUCUUGGUCAUACCGCAACCUCAUUCCUACCAUGCUUCGCCUCGCAUUGUUGGCCGGUGUUGGCCUAGCCAAGGGGGCAUUGGGUGUCAAUCUCAUUGCCUCUCACUUCAGCGGCGGCAUCUAUACCCUUUCCCUGACCACCACAGGUACCAGCGGUACCAUCUCGGUGACAUCUCAAACCAACGGAUGCGGAACUACCCCCGGAUGGAUUGAGUUGUACUCCGACACUCGAAAGCUUUAUUGCUUUGACGAAUCGUGGACGGGUCGCGGCCAACAUGCCGAGUUCAACGUUCAGAACGAUGGACGGCUUUCACUAGCCUCGUCUUUGCAGGUUUCAGGCAAUUCCGUGCAUGGGAUUCUUUACGGCGGUCCCGAUGGCAGGAGUUACAUUGCCACGGCCGAAUAUUCUCCCUCAACCAUUACCACCUACAAGCUUCCCCUCCAGGGCAGCCGGGUACAACAGACGGAAAAAUUCACCCUUGCUCGUCGUGGACCUCAUCAAAGACAGGAUGUCCCUCAUCCUCACGAGGUUCAUCUUGAUCCUACCGGAAAGUUCAUCCUUGUUCCUGACCUGGGUGCCGAUUUGAUCCGCGUGUUCCGCAUUGACACCAACUCUGGCCGUCUCACUUCAUGUGCUUCCCACGCAACCGGUGCCGGUGACGGACCUCGUCACGUAAAGUUCUGGAAGUCGGAGAGCGGCAAGGAAAAGGUUUUCUCCCUCAACGAGCUUGGCAACUCCGUUUCUGCCUGGGAUGUCAACUACACCAACGACUGCAUCUCGCUCACCAGGACUCACAGCAUCUCCACCUACGCCCCCGGCAAGAAAGGUGGCGCCAACACCAAAGCGGCCGAGAUCCGUACUUUUGGAAACUUUUUGUACGCUUCCAACAGAGCUGAUCAGACAUUUGGCAACUCUCAGGAUUCCAUCGCCAUUUACACCAUCGACCCCACCACUGGUGCCAUUGCCUGGCUUGAGGCGGCCAACAGUUACUCGUACUAUCCCCGUACAUUUGCCUUCAACAAGAACGGCACCCUCGUCGCCAUUGGUGGUCAAACCUCGAGCAACGUGGCUAUUGUGGCAAGGGACACUGCAACUGGUAAGCUUGGGAACUUGGUGGCCAACGUCCAAGUGGGCCAAAAAGGCCGGGCUGGUGAAGAGGAUGGUUUGAGUGCUGUUGUCUGGGUCGAGUAACAUUGAAAGGGCUAUAAAAAUAAGCAGAGGCUAAGAAAAUAAGCAUUCCGGUA